GUAACUCGAUUCAUUUUGAUAAUAGUUGUUUCUCGUUGGUCUCUAUUAACGAAUUUAUCUAUAUCAAAGUAUAUGGUAUUAUAUAAAAAAGAAACUGGUUGGGAUCCGCAAUAACCGAUAUAAAAUCCUUAUCUCGUUUAAAUUGUGAUAAAAAGGUGUUUCAGAAAAUAUAACUAGUGGUUAUCUAAUCUACUAGGCCUAACCGGAUAAAAACAAAAUAUAAAACCCAUAGCACUUUCAAUUCACCCCAAUCGUCUCAUCCCUCUUGCACAUAUUCGCCCCAUCAUUGUUUGUAUACGCCAGCUGAUUUCAUACAAAGCAACUUGUUUUUGCUUUCAUUUCGUUUUGUGCUCAGUUUUUGAGAAACUCUUCAAAGUGGCAUUAGAUUUUUCGGACAUGUUGAAAUUUUUGCUUACGUUCGGUGCUGGUAUAUAUACCGGAAUAUACCUAAGUCAAAAUUAUGAGGUUCCUCGUGUGGAUGAACCCGGAAAAUUGGUCGAGAAGAUAAAAGAAUUUGCCGACGAACACCGAAAAAAAUCGGCAGCAGAGCAGCUCAUGCAUGAUGUGAAGAAGAACGCUAAAAAGUUAAUUGAGUAACUUUUCUGUCUGCGCGUGAUUUACAUUUACAAUAAUUCUAUUGUACCACCGAUAUUUUUAUUUGCUUUUUUAGUGUUAACAAUGUUCGCAUAUCAUAAGUAUAGACUGUUGAAUACAUGAAAAAAAGUAAACAUGAA